AUCAUUACUUUGAUUUUAUCAUCCCAAAUUGUACUGCAUCCCUUCAAAUUCCGCUCCGUCCAUGUUGUAAUAAGCAAGAGACACAAAAACAAGAAAAAAAAAAAAAAAAAACAACACGCUUUUUUUCUUCUGUUGUCCCCGCUGUGAGGGCUGUGGAGGGCCCCCGGGACACCGGAAAUCUUCGGUUUCUCCGCCUCCCUUCGCUCUCUCCCAUGCCUUCCUCUUUAUAUAUUAUAUUCUCAUUCAUCUCUUUCUCGAGGGCCGAGGCGGCCUCCAUUUUUUGAUCUCCGAAACUCCAAAGGCUUUUGCAGAUUAGAAUUUUUUUUUUCUCGUUGCUCUCUUCAUUCAUGUUCGAGAAACAAUGUCCUUCAUUUCAAAUUUCACCGCGUCAUUUGACGGCCAAAGGACGGCGUUUAAUUCACCACACGCCCAAUUAAAGUCCCAUUCGCUUGCUUCCAUCAAUUCAAAACCCACGAUUACGAUUGCCAGACCGUUUCGGAUAGACACAUUUGGCAGCUCCCGGAUAGCUCUUGGUAGGUCGAGUAGAGUCGGUAGAGAACGAAGCCCACGCUUGACAUUGAUAAAUGAGAGGCUUGGACAUGAUCGAAAUGUAGCUGGGCCCUCUUCAAUACUGGCAUAUGAACUAGUUCAAGGAAAACUUAACUUAUGCAUAGAAACUUCUACACAGGUAAAGUGGAGUUCAAUGGUAGUAUUGAACAGGUCAAUACCAGAACCUCCAACAGCUGUUCUCUUGCAUGGCAUUCUUGGUAGCAGAAAGAACUGGGGAACUUUUGCUCGGCGACUGGCACAAGAAUUUCCAUCAUGGCAGUUUGUUUUGGUAGACUUGAGGUGCCAUGGUGAUUCAGCAUCAAUCAAGAAGAGAGGUCCACAUACUGUUGCUUCAACUGCUUUAGACGUGCUAAAACUAAUUGCACAACUUAGAAUAACACCCCGAGUUCUAAUUGGCCAUAGCUUUGGAGGAAAAGUUGUCUUGAGCAUGGUGGAACAAGCUGCAAAGCCACUUCCACGACCAGUUAGAGUUUGGGUUCUAGAUGCCACUCCUGGAAAAGUUCAAGCUGGUGCAGAUGGUGAUGACCAUCCGGCAGAGCUAAUAUCUUUCUUAAGGAAACUGCCUAAGGAGGUCUCUUCAAAACGGGACAUUGUGAAUGCUCUCGUUCAAAAAGGGUUUUCUAAGGAUGUUGCACAGUGGGUUGUAACUAAUCUUCGACCAACCAGUGCUGCUGGUUCAUCAUUGUCAAGCUUCUCUUGGGUGUUUGACCUUGAAGGGAUUUACGAAAUGUACCAGUCCUAUGAAGAAACAAAUUUAUGGAAAGUGGUGGAAAAUCUACCUCGUGGUGUGCAUGUUAAUUUUUUGAAAGCAGAAAGGAGUUUGCAUCGGUGGGCCCUUGAAGAUCUUCAGCGAAUUCAUGCUGCUGAAGAGUCUGCUGCUGAUAAGGGAGGUGGAGUUGAGAUGCAUGUCCUUGAAGAUGCCGGGCACUGGGUACAUGCUGAUAACCCAGAUGGACUCUUCAGGAUCCUUUCAUUUACUUUCAAGGGAGUUAAAGUUUAAAGGCUGUGUACUGCUUCUAUUCAAGGUUUAAUAUUUAUGUGCUCUGAGUUACACAAAAUCAACAUUAAUUAUUCACCUUAGCCCAAAAUUGUAACUUGAUUCAUAUAAUGAACAUUCUUCUAUUUUUCUCCCCAUUCCAGUUUCCACUGCUGAGUGUUUUUUUCUAGGUUGAAUUAAUUUGUGGCACAGCACUUUUUAGGAAAAAAAAAUUUCAGUAGGUUUUGUGAUGUGGGAAAUCAUUCUUGUACCAUGGUAUAAUAGAGAAAUUACAUUUAGAGUUGUUAUAGAUUCUUUUUUCAUUAAAUUGCCUUUGUUCAGUUUUGGUGCUGGCAACAUUUUGCAGGAAGGGAUCUUUUCUUUCUGGCUCUCUCGGCCAGGUAUUUCAUUUUAUUUUCUCUUCUUUGGUUCUUCCAUAUCUGGCUUGAGCUUGGGGAGGAUGAAUACUUUGUAAUUUCUCAAAGAAAGAUUAGAAUCCAAGUGGCAACCAAAUUUUCCAAAGCUGCCUUUUUUAUUUGUUUAAAGUAAUAAAAUCACUUAAAGAGUAGAAGAAAAAUGAAAUUUAAACGAGAUGGAAUAGAGAGAAUUUCUUAUUAAUUGAAGUCUCGGCCAUAAGGAAACUACAUAAGCUCAAUGUUUUUGAGAAUGUGCUUGGAAGCAAUUUAUUAAUCGAUGAAGUACCCA